GCCUGCAAGAAUCGCCUGAAAGACCUCUGCACCGACUCGUGUGUGAGUGAGCAGUCGAAACUGUCAGAUUUGUAUCCUCGAUUGAAUAGAGGACGGGGGUGGGGGCUCUUUGGAAUCAGAGUUUUCGUGAAUUAUUUUUUAUUUGUACAGUCAACUCUGAGACGUUUACUUUGACGACGCCACAAUGCUGGAGGAGGCGAGCGAAGUAUUUGAGAACAUGCUGAAGUCUUCAUUCCCCCUGACGUUCAUCGUGUUCCUGCCUGCUGUGCUCAUUCUUGUCUCGCCGCUUCCAGCAGAAGCGGCCCACGAGUUCACCGUCUAUCGCAUGCAGCAGUAUGACCUGCAGGGCCAGCCGUACGGGACAAGAAAUGCCAUGCUCAACACAGAAGCACGUACGGUGGAGGCGGAAGUACUUAGCCGUCGCUGUGUCCUAAUGCGGCUUAUUGAUUUUUCCUACGAGAAGUAUCAGAAAGUGAUUCGGCAGUCAGCUGGUGCUGUUGUGAUCAUUUUGCCAAAGAACAUGUCCACUAUGCCACAGGAUGUGGUGCAGCAAUUCAUGGAGAUAGAGCCAGAGUUGAUGUCCACUGAGACCAUUGUGCCAGUCUACUUUGCGCUAGAAGAUGAAGAUUUGCUCUCCAUAUAUGAGCAGACACAGACUUCGUCUUCCUCGCAAGGCUCUGCCUCAGCUGCAGAAGUGCUGCUCCACACUGCAACUGCCAAUGGCUUCCAAAUGGUGACCAGUGGUGCCCAGAGCAAAGCAGUUAGUGACUGGGCCAUCACCAGCCUGGAGGGCAGGCUGACUGGUUUAGGUGGUGAAGAUCUUCCAACCAUUGUCUUGGUUGCUCACUACGACUCAUUUGGUGUGGCUCCUUGGCUUUCCUAUGGCGCAGACUCCAAUGCUAGUGGUAUAUCAGCAAUCCUAGAGUUGGCACGGCUCUUCUCUCGCCUCUACACCUACAAAAGGACGCAUGCUGCGUACAACUUGCUCUUUUUCGUUUCUGGUGGUGGAAAAUUUAACUAUCAAGGCACAAAACGCUGGCUGGAAGAUAAUCUCGAUCACACAGAUUCUAGCCUGUUACAGGACAACGUUGCCUUUGUUUUAUGCCUUGACACAUUGGGGGCAGGUGAUACCCUACAUCUCCAUGUGUCCAAGCCACCAAAAGAGGGUAGCCCACAGCACAUGCUUCUCCGAGAGCUGGAGACUGUGGUCACCAGUCAGUACCCAGAUAUCAAAUUCUCUAUGGUGCAUAAGAAAAUCAACCUGGCUGAUGACACCUUGGCCUGGGAACAUGAACGUUUUGGCAUCCGUCGCCUACCAGCUUUCACACUUUCCCAUUUGGAGAGUCAUCGGAGUGCCCACCGUAACAGCAUCAUGGAUGUGCGCUCAAAAGUUGAUGUAAAAAAACUGGCACGUAACACCAAAAUUGUGGCAGAAGCUCUUGCUAGAGUGAUCUACAAUUUGACUGAGAAGAGUGCCCCUAGAGAUCUACAGAUCUUCACUGAACAAAUGCAGGUUCAAGAGCAGCAGCUUUCUGCUGUUAUCGAUUGGCUGACUUCUCUGCCUCGUGCAGCCCAGCUCAUUGACAAAGACAGUAGUGUGAUCAGUACACUCGAGUACAUCAUGGGACGCUACCUCAAAGAUAUUAAAAGACAUUACGUCAAGGCAGAUAAAAGAGAUCCAGAGUUUGUCUUCUAUGACCAACUAAAACAGACGUUGAAUGCAUACAGAGUGAAGCCUGCCAUCUUUGAUCUUCUAUUGGCAGUCUGCAUAGCUGCAUACCUAGGGGCCAUGUACAUGGCAGUUCAGAACUUUGGUGUGCUAUACAAUAUGGUCAGGAGGGUGAUCCAGCCAAAAUCUAAACAGCAUUAAAGUCUGGCUAUCAGUGCACCCACUGUAAAGGCUCUGUAAACAGUAAUGCCAUUGAAAGAACAAAAAAAAAAUCUCGGUGGCGCCAAAUGGGAUUCAUUUUGAAGCGGUUUUCUGGUGUUUGAAAGUUCCUGCUGUCCUGUAGGGGAAUGGAAGAGCCGGUCAACUUCCUCCCAUUGUGAGUCGACUUGCCGCUGGUCCAUAGCACUCCAUGACUGGUUUUUGGACAGUGGGGACCUGCCAACCUCCAUUAUGGUUUUCAUUUUGAAUCCGCAGCAACUCUGGGAUGUGGUUUAUGGUACUGAGAAAAUGUGAAACACUGGAAACUUUAAUUUGGGAGUGUGGUGGGAGCAUGUGGGGCAUUUUUAAUUAACUUGGAAAAAAAAAAA